AUGAAGUGCAUUGUGUCUGUGGGGUCUCAGGAAUUUGUGGAGCUUACUGCCGAGCAGCAGUGGUUUGCUGCUUGUGAGGAAAACGCCGAGACUAGGCAGCAGCAGCAGCAGCGUCGACGGCCCCCCGCAGUCCCGCGAGGCGACUGGGGGCCCCUUGAGAGUAUUUUGCUUUCUCUAAAGCACUCCGCAGUGCACAAGGGGGCCCUUUCUGAAGUUGAAACUUUGCUGCUGUCCGCAUCUGAGACAGAGAGCAGCAGUGGGGCCUUCUGCGGGGACGCGAGGCCCCACAGGAAGCCCGACUCCCCGCCUCUGGAGUUGCUGCCUGCACUUAGCCAGGACAAGUUUCUGGGGGGUCCCGGGGGGCCCCCUUUGACUGAAGAAGCCCGAGAGCACUUGCUGCGUUUUGGCCUGGACUAUGAAGAAGGCCCAAGCCUCAACAGCAGGAAGCAAUGGGGCGUCUGGGAAAGAGAAAGAUGGAGACGAUCUCGGAUGCUGAGGUAUCUCAUCAAGACCGAACAGGUUGUUUUCAGAAAAGACAUCCUGAAAAGGCAGUUCAAUGAAGACUACGAGAAAUACGUAAGAAGCCGCCACAGGCGCUGGGGGGCCCCCCGGCCCAGCGGUGAGGGGCCCCCCAGUGCCUCCCAAAGUCUGCCAUCUUCGGUGGAAUGGGCUCAAGAAAAGAGUUUCCCAGGUUGGCCCCAGGUACAAGCUUUAACGGGGCCCCCGGUGGGCUAUUUUGUGCCCCCAGGGCAUGGAAAUGCCCCUGCUGGAGGCCCCUUUUCCAGCUUCCCACCGGGAUACUGGUCCAGUGGUCCACCGGGCCUGGCAGCUUACCCCAUUGCGGGACCCCCGACUCAGGCUUCCAAGGAAACGAGAAUGUCCCAAGAGCUGGUAGGACCAACUCCCCAGUUGAACCCACAGGAGGCCCCCCAAAAGAUACCCCAGAGGCCCUCUCAAUGGGCUUUGGAAUAUGCAAGAGAAACUGCCCCACACUGGGCCCCACAAGGGGAUUUUAAAGAUUUUCAGCGGCGGAGCUUAUUGCGGGGGGCCCCGGCAAAGCCUCUAGAAGGGGAAGUUAAAUGUGGUGUUAUGCAAGCCCUAUUAAGUCGUGGAAAUAUAGACACGGCUAUGGAUGUAGACAAAGAAGAAGGCCAAGACGCACAGCAAGACAGCGAAAGAGAGUACAGGUCAAAGCUGCCCUGGUGUUACCACUUCGAAUAUGAACAAGACCUUGUUGUGCAACCGAAACCCUUUGUGGAAACUCCAAAGACAAAGGCACCCACACCUCUGUUCGUGCAACAAGAAAUGCAUGCAGAACUCCAAGCCGCUAUGGAUACUGAAUUGAUUCUUUUGUACGAAGCAGCAGAGGGAGACCUACCUGCGCUUUUCUCUGGAAGAAGCAGGCCCAACCGACGGAAACACCCAAAAGACAAGAUCGUACCGUUCGAUCGACUACGGGAAUUCGGGGCCUACAUUAACGACAUAACAUCUUGCAGGCUGCUGCAGCAGGAAGUUGAUGAGGAGCUUUCUGAUGGCUGGGCUUUUGGAACCACCGCCCCGGCAAACGUUCACAUGGAUCCUCCUCGGGGAGUGCGAACAAACCCGAAUUAUGUUUUGACCAAAGAAAAAGUCGAAGCUGCGGCGAAGAAGCUGCAUAUGGAGCCCAAAGAGCAGACGCCAGCGUUCCAAGGCCUCGAGAAAAGAAAAAGACUUCAACUCGAAGAAACCACGAAAGUGCUGGGAGGGGGCAGAUAUGUCGUCUGA